UUCCAGGGAGGCCGAGCGAGGGUCCGGAGCGGUGGGUAGGGAGCAGCCUUGGAAGAGACGCAGAUGAGAUUCUACUAUUCUACUACUACUACUAUUACUACUACUACUACUAUGAGGGACGUUCAGUAGCCUUGGAUGCCCGGCGUCGCGCGGUCUGAGCCCAGCCGGAGCGCUUUGCUUAGCAACCGGCUGAGCAAAAAGAAAUAAUAAAAAUAAAAAAGAAGGCAGCAUCGCUCGGAGCUUUUGGCGCGGCGGCUCAAGAGAAAAAGCUUGGUGGGCUGAAUGCAUCGCUUGGGCGUCCGCGGAAGGAGCCGCCGUCGCUUCGGGCUUUAGGUCCGUCUUUUACUCCGGGCUUGUGGCCGUCCCCGGGAGACUAUGCGGUCUGGGAAGCCUCCGUAUAUUUUCGCCGUCUUCGUGCUGAGCGGUCUCUCGGCGCUGCUGCUCCUGUUCCUCGGGCAACCUCCCCCGGUCUCCAAACAAACUCCGCCGCCUCGGUUACUCCAGCUGCCUCAGCUCCGGGAGAGCGAUUUCCUCCGGCGCGUCUGUGGGGCUCUGGCUCGGGGGCAGAAAACCUUCGUGUGGGGAAACCAUCUCCGGACGCCCUUGGAGCGAGCCGCCUCCUGCCAAGAUUAUGUGUCGGGGAGCCACUAUGUGACCAAAUCCGUCACUGCCGAAGAGGCGACCUUUCCCUUGGCUUACAUCUUCACCCUCCACAAAGAGCUGAGCACCUUCGAGCGGCUCUUCAGGGCGGUUUACGCGCCCCACAAUGUCUACUGCAUCCACGUGGAUGAGAAGGUGCCCGCCAGGUACAAGCAAGAGGUGGAGAAAAUGCUGGAGUGCUUCCCCAACGCCUUCCUGGUCUCCAAAGCCGAGCCUGUCGUUUACGCUGGCAUCUCCAGGCUUCAGGCUGAUUUGAACUGCAUGAAGGACCUGCUGAGAUCCACCACCCAGUGGAAGUACGUCCUCAACAUGUGUGGGCAAGAUUUCCCACUGAAAACCAACAAGGAGAUUGUCCAGCACCUGAAGAAGUUCAAAGGGAAGAACCUCACCCCUGGCGUCCUCCCCCCACCGCCCAUAACUUUAAGGACCAAAUUUGUUUACAAGGAGCACAUAGGCAGGAAAGCUUCCUACAUGAAAAGGACCGAGAUCCUAAAACCGCCACCUCCCCACAACCUCACUAUCUACUUUGGGUCUGCCUAUAUUGCUCUCACUAGGCCUUUUGUGGAGUUCCUUUUCAAUGACUCAAGGGCCCUUGAUUUGCUGCAAUGGUCCAAAGACACUUACAGCCCCGAUGAACACUUUUGGGUAACACUCAAUCGGAUUCCAGGUGUCCCCGGUGCCAUGCCAAAUGCAACAUGGGAAGGUAACUUGAGAGCUGUGAAAUGGAGCGAUGCAGAAAAGAGUCACGGAGGAUGCCAUGGUCAUUAUGUCAGAAGCAUAUGUAUCUAUGGAACUGGUGACUUGCCAUGGCUGCUGAAAUCCAAAAAUUUAUUUGCGAACAAAUUUGAACUCAAAACAUAUCCACCUACUGUAGAAUGCCUGGAAUUGAAACUUCGGGAAAGAGUCUUGAAUGAGAGUGAAAUACCAGUUGAACCAAGUUGGUACUUUUAAUUUAAAAAAAAAACUUAUUGGGGAAAAAGGAUAAUAAUAAAAACUGCUCCUUUUAGAACAACUUUUUUGCCUUGACGUGAGGCAUUUUUUUGGAUGUUCAAGAUGGAUAAUUUUUUUUUAAUACAUGAAAAAUCUUCGCAUUUUACCGGACCUAAGGAUUCUGCACCAUCUUUGUAUUUCACUGAGUUUUAUUCCUUUUUUAAAAAAUGCAGUUCCCAUUUAGGAACAGGCUUCUCCUUUUCUUCCAAUUAUGUAAAUUACUGUUUGCUCAGGAAAUAAAAAAUUCUGAAUAAUGAAGUUAAAAUUAUCUUGCUAACUGAUGGUUCAAAUGGAAGGAUUAAGACGUUCAUCAUAGAAGAUUCAGAGACGGCGGUUUAUCUGCUAGCGCAGCUUGCUAUCUGCACAACCUAAGUUUGGUUGUACCUGUUACUACUUGCUUCCGAAUAGGUCAAAUUCUUAGACUGUGCUUCUUCCAUUAUCUGCUUGUAGAAAUGGCCUUCUGUACUACUGAAGAGCUAUCCUUUUUAACAGCAGCAAAGCAACCUGUGAACCAGGGUAGGACACAUGAUCCAAAAACAGGGUAAAAGUGUAUAUUUUAAAGAGUAAAAUAUUCACUGGAAAAAUGCAUUAAUAUUACAUCAAUUGUAUGUUUCUACUUCACUAAAGUUUUGCUUGGCUACUUAAGGAUCCUAGAAAUUGUGUAAAUAAGAGCUUCUAGGUGUAUAGAAAUAAUUUAAGAUGGACCAACAUUUUUUGAUUUAGAAAACUAUCACUGUCUUCAAAGCAAAAGUACUAACAUGGUCUUUUAUACUAUCUGCUAGAAAUUUGCCUUGGUGCAUAUGCUCUCAGUGUACAUAAAAAGAAGAAGAUAAUCUGAAAGUCAUUUUCAUUAUUCUUUAGGCAACCUUUCUGCAUACAGUUUAAAUUUCCAUCCAUCUACUAUGGAAAAUGUAAAGAAAGAAAUAGCAAUAUAUACUAAAAGUUUUAGGGUGAAAAGGAAAAAAAAACCCUCGAAAGUCAACUUUUUUUGGAGCAACACAGAAAAAAAACUUUUCUCUUAGGUUGAAUGUUACAAUUCUACCAUGAAAGAUAUUUAUGGCAAUCGGUAUACUAAUAAAAUAUCUAUCUUUGCAGCAGUCCUUUAAUCAUAAUUUAAUUUCAGUAUCACUAUUUCUAUUAAAAAUAUCUUCUGUGUCCCCAUUAUUCUUUCUUAGUUGUUUUACUUUUGAGUGAAAUGGAAUUAUUUUUUUCCCAUAAAGACAUGGGUUUGCCAACAUUCAAC